AAUCACACUCUUUUCAGUUUAUUAGUAGCUACGAACAUGAAAAGUGCCACGGCUUUAUCAUUGAUUUUCUGUUUUACUCAAAUUCAAGCGAUCUCUUUGAAAAAUGUUGUUAGUUUGGUUAACGCGCGGUUCAACAGAAAUUUUGAUCGAAUCACAAGCGCCCAAGAUCUAGUACAAUAUGGGAUUGAUCCUAGUAGUGUCGAUCCCAACAUUAUUGCAGAUGCAACUUCCACAACUCCAGAACUCAUAGAAAGAUAUGGCUACCGAGUGGAAAUUCAUAGAGUGAAGACUCCCGACGGGUAUCUCCUCGAAAUGCAUCGUAUACCGAAAGAAGGUGGGGUACCAGUAUAUCUGCAGCACGGCAUUUUGGAUUCAUCCGCAGCGUGGGUUAUCAUGGGCCCUACUAGCGCAUUAGCUUACCACUUGGCAGACCUUGGCUAUGAUGUAUGGAUGGGUAAUUGUCGUGGAAAUCGUUAUUCCCGUGCACAUAUUAAACUCAGUCCCGAUAAAAAAGAGUUUUGGGACUUCUCAUUUCAUGAAAUUGGUGUAUUUGAUGUACCUGCAAUGAUUGAUUUCAUCCUCGAGGAGACGCGAUAUCCAAAAAUUCACUACAUUGGACAUUCCCAGGGAACAACUGCUUUUUGGGUCAUGUGCAGUGAGAGACCUGUCUACUGCGAUAAGAUUAUAUCAAUGAAUGCUUUAGCCCCUGUGGCUUUCAUGUCGCAUACCAAAAGUCCUGUGAUUCGAGCAAUAGUGCCAUUUUUGGACCAGAUGGAGAUCAUAUUCAAAUUGCUUGGCGUAUACGAAUUCAUGCCUAAUAACGAUUUUUUGACAUUAAUUGGACAAAUGUUCUGCAAGAAGGAGGCCAUGACGCAAGCCCUUUGCAUGAAUGCAAUCUUCCUUAUUGCCGGCUAUAAUUCAGAUCAACUAAACAAAACGAUGUUGCCAGCUAUUAUAGGUCAUAUUCCAGCUGGUGCAGCGACGAAACAACUCAUUCAUUAUGGACAAUUGAUUAAGUCGGGGAAGUUCAGAAAGUUUGAUCAUGGCUGGAUUAAAAACCUUUUCAAAUACGGAUCCACCAAGCCGCCAGCAUAUAAUUUAGGAGACGUCAGGGUUCCUGUUGUGCUACAUCAUUCCGAAAACGACUGGCUAGCACAACCUGCAGAUGUCCAUGAGCUAGAGCGACAUCUUCCGAAUGUCUUCAAAAGAUAUUUAGUACCGAUGCCGAAAUUUAACCAUCUGGACUUUAUAUUUGCCAUUAAAGGUCGAGAAAUGGUGAAUGAUGAAGUUGUGAAAGUGCUGGAAGAUUUCAAGAACGAAGUCACAUUUUACGAUAUUUAAAUUAUGCAUACACUUAAAAAUUUAUCCAAUAAAAAUCG